GGUUUUAUAAUUUGGUACAUCAUGCAUCGUGGUGCACCCCUGAUCACAGGACGACAGUUUAUACUAUUCAGGUUAAUUGUGAAGUUAUUGUUGAGUAUCGUCGUCCACCGCAUUUGGUCCCUUUGGUUUGGCAUUUUUAUUUUGGCUUUGUCGUUUUCAUCGUUGCUGGUGCCGGAUUUCUGGUGGGAAUUUGUAUUGUUAUUGGAUAUGCCACUUUAG